AUGGAGAACCAAGAGGAUCACUGUGCUUUGACUGAUGAGGACAGUGAGGAAGAGGCCUUCAGUGAUGAAGGUUCAACCUCUGGCUCUGAGAAGAUGAGCUGUUGGCAGUCGCUGCCAGACGUGUGCUUGCAGCAUGUGUUCAGAUUCCUUCCCGAUGGCGCUCGUGGCAAAGCGUCUCUGGUCUGUCGACACUGGCGCAGUGUCAUGCGCUCACCGUGUCUCUGGCGCGUCCGUUUCUUCCACUUCAGCGGCCGGCUUUCCAAAUACAAGCCGUCUGACUACUGCUCAGCUGUGGGUUAUGUCAGCAGUCUGGGAGCGUACCUGGAGAAGCUGGAGGUGGUUGUGUGUCCACCGCGAACAAGCGCAGUAGCCCAGCGACUGAAGGAAGCCAUCUGCGGGCUGCUGAACGAGUUAGUCAGAGUAAAUGCUCCACUGCGAUCACUCUCCCUGGUCAGGCUGGAGAUGGACCGGUCCUCCUGGGCCUCAGUACACAGAAACACUGUGGUGGACAGUCUGAUUUAUUUACUUGAGAGUGGGGCGUCAAAGCUCAACAAUGUUACUCUAAAUGGGAUGAGAAAUGACAUGCAACAGGGUUUAAAGUUCCUUUCUGCACUGUUACAAUAUCAGAAGAAGCUCUCUCCCCACUAUUACAUUUCAUCCAUGGACUUGAGGGGAUUCUUUUGGACUACUGAGCCUGUCCACCUCAACCCCAGUAUGCCCCACAUUCUGCAGCAGCUGCAAGGCCUCACCAGCCUGGGCCUGAGUUACUCGUGUGUUUCAAACGAGCUGCUUAUGGCUCUCCAGCAAAGACGGGGAAGAGGGGGAAGGAACUUCGGCAGCGAUGGAAGCAUCUUGCAAACCUUUUCUCUGCACUGCACUCGGAAUGAGCCGCAUCAGCAGCUGGUGCACAGUUUAUCAUGGGCAAGUUUGGCAUCAAGCUGCCCAGACCUGAGGGUCAAACUUACAGUGGAACAAGUCAUCAACACAGAAUGGCUUGCAAGGAUCCUGGUGCCUGGUAUUCCCCUGAGGGAGUACAACAUGACCGCCUUCUAUUCCCCAGACGAAAACUGGAGUUUCAAGCCUGUCCUCUCUGACAUGCUUCCUCUUUACAGACGCAGUCUGCAGUAUCUGACCCUGGACCUUAGCAACUGCCGGGAAUCUGUUGACGAUGAGCUGCUGGAGCUGGUUGAUGUGUGUGAGCACCUGGUGGAUCUGAGAAUAUGGGCUUUCAUAGACAUAUUCACUGUUGGGAGGCUGCUGCACAUUAGGCUAAAGAAAAGGGUGCUACUCAACAAGAUUAAAUUGAGAAUCUACUCCAUGGGUGACAACCUUGAAGAGCUGGAAGACCAGCUGGAGGAAAUGUUGUCCUCUUAUCUGGACCAUUUACCACCUGAGCUGCAAUUUUUUGCCUCAGUCUGCCCCUUUAUAUGA